GGCAGCAAUGUAACAGGUUUGGAUGCCGGCGGCCGCAAAACUCCAGAGAAGAAGAGCCUCACCAACCUGUCAGCUCCACCACAGGGUUGCUUAACCUAGAAUCCUGUGUUUUAUUUGUCUAAUUAUAAUUCAGAGUUAAAUUCUUACUCACAACAUGUCGGCUCCGAAGAAGGGAGAUUUGUCUUCAAGCGAAAAGGAGUUGUUUGAGGUCAUCACUAGGGGCAACGUUCAAGAAGCGUCAAGGCUGUUGGGUUGUAAGGAUGUUCGAGUCAACUGUUUAGAUGAGUAUGGAAUGACUCCUCUCAUGCAUGCAGCUUACAAAGGAAAAGCAGACAUGUGCAAGUUGUUGCUGCAGCAUGGAGCAGACGUGAACUGCAAUGAGCAUGAGCAUGGAUACACAGCGCUAAUGUUUGCUGGCUUGUCAGGAAACACUGAGAUCGCAUGGAUGAUGUUGGAUGCUGGGGCAGAAACUGAUGUAGUGAACUCGGUUGGAAGGACCGCUGCACAAAUGGCUGCUUUUGUUGGUCAGCAUGAUUGUGUCACAGUGAUCAACAACUUUUUCUCACGUGCUCGACUGGAUUACUACACCAAGCCACAGGGUUUAGAGAAAGAGCCCAAGUUGCCACCAAAACUUGCUGGACCCCUGCACAAAAUCAUCAUGAGCACCAAUUUGAAUCCUGUCAAGAUGGUGUUGCUGGUCCAGGAAAACCCCCUCCUGGCUGAGGUCGAGGCUCUAGACAAAUGUCGUCGGGUGAUGGAGCUCAUCUCUGAGAAGUGCAUUAAGCAGCAGGACAUGAAUGAGGUGCUGGCCAUGAAGAUGCACUACAUCAGCUGUGUCCUGGGAAAGUGUGCGUCCUUCCUGAAGGACCGUGAGGACAAACUCGAAGGGCUCAUCAAAAGUUUGCUGAAGGGGCGGGACAGUGACGGUUUCCCUGUCUUUCAAGAGAAGUUUAUCAGAGAGUGCAUCCGCAAGUUCCCAUACUGUGACGCGACUCUGCUGCAGCAGCUGGUUCGGAGCAUUGCUCCUGUGGAGAUUGGUAACGACCCCACAGCUAUGUCAGUGCUGACUCAGGCUAUCACAGGUCAGGUCGGCUUCAUGGAUGCAGAGUUUUGUACAACAUGUGGAGAGAAGGGAGCAGAGAAGAGGUGUUCUAUCUGUAAAAUGGUGAUUUACUGUAACCCAACUUGUCAGAAAAUGCACUGGUUCACUCACAAAAAAGUGUGUAAGAAACUUCAAGAGCAAAGAGAGAAGCAAGAGGCGGAAUCGGCCAAACUCAGAAUGAAGCAGAGCUCAGAAGAGAGCAAAGCUGUAACGGAGGCCACAGAGUCCAUGGAGCAGCUCUCAGUGGAGACGAACAGUGAUGUCACUUCCUCAAAUGCUGCAGCAGAAACCUCAGACGCUACUUCCAUCCCAGAUGCUGAGAACUGAGGAAGAUCCAGCACUAACCCGUCUCCAGAAAACAACCGCCAGAAACUGAAAGUCAAGAACUUUUUCAAAACCAUAGAAUUCCCAUAUUUAUUGUUGAACCUGAAACGGUGGCAGCGGCAUGGACACAUCAAAGCAGGUUGUGCCAUUGCAGUCAACAUUACAUUAUUCUUCAGCUACUGUCAUACAUUAUGUGAAUGUGAAAUUGCAUAGGCUGUGUUUGUGGCAGAGGUCGCUGGGAGGAGUCACGGCCUAAAAGGAUGGGAAGUAAAUACGCCUUAAGAAACCGUAUCAGCCUGCGCAGGAGAACGUGACUGAAACAAAUCAGAGCUGUUUGUUCCUUUGGUUGCAGCAUUUUUGAUGCAGAUCUUUUUUUUCUACCUUGUGGUAGAUUCAGAGUAAGUGGCACAGCUGCACAAUACUGACCAAAAAUCCACAUUUUUAAAUCAUAAACAUUUAUAUUUAGUGUGAAAGAUGUUAAUGCUCAGGAUUUUUCUUAAGUUAACAUUUGUAUUUCCAAUAUUAUUAUUGAUUAAGCAUCAUUGUUACACAGCACAAGAAACCAUGUGACGCUUUAUUGGCUUCAAUAAAGGCCCGAGUUCAUCAGACGCCCUCAUUGGACUAGAUCAUUAUAUGCUCUCAGAACAUUCUUCAUAUAAAUUGUAUGUGGUAUGUGAUUGUUGUAUCGGGCUCCUGCCUGAUUGUAAGCUGGGAGAGACUCCAGCAAUGCCGUGAACAGCGAGGGAGUCGAAACGUAUUAAAGAAUGUAACUGAA